AUGUCCACUGUUUGCAUUUCUGGCACGCAACCACGCGACUCUUGCGGGUGCACUCUCUCUCUCUCCUUCUCUCUCUCUCUCCUUCUCUCUCUCUCGCCUUCUCUCUCUCUCUCUAGUUCACUUAGCUUUCUCUUUCGACCUUCCCCUCUUCUUUUAUUAUCUUCCUUUUGCUCUCUCGUUGGUUUACGCAUUCUCUCUUUCGACUUUCCUUGUUAUUUUUUUUCUUUCUAUUUCUUUCCUUGGUUACUUUCUCACUUCUGUCAACUCUCUCUCUCUCUCUCUCUCUCUCUCUCUAGCUUGCUUACGUUUUCUCUCAUUCGGACUUCCUCUCUUUCGGGCUUUAUCUCUCUUUCUCUAGUUCAUUUAUGCAUUCUUCCUUUCGACCUUUCUCUCUUUUUUAUAUUUAUCUCUCCUUUUUACUUAUGCUUUUCUCUUACGACUUUCAUUUCUUCUAUCUCUGUCUUCCUCCCUCUAUGUGUCUCUCUUUCAUUCCUCCUCUCUUAUCUCUUUCGUUCGUUUACGCAUUUUCUUCUUUUCUUCCUCUCUCUCUCUCUCUCUCUAGUUCCUUUACACUUUCUCUCUUUCGAUGUCCUCCUCUUUUAUCUUUAUAUGUCUUUCUUUGCCUUAUUUUUUAUUUCUGAGUUUUCAACAUUCUUUUAA